AGGAGUGGGCCGGUCGGGCUUCGACAGUGAUGUAGCCACCCGCGAACUAGUUUUGGCCGGAGGCUCAAAACGACCGCCGUGUUCCUGCCCUCUUUUCCUCGUCGAUUUUCAAUUUUCCCAGGCGCCGAAUAAACGCGUUCAUCUCGUGAAUCGGAAGGUCGAGAGGAAAAUCAGGCGAAGCCCGAAACGUUUCGGUGAGGAUCGAAAGUUCUGUGGACCGUGGUGAACUUUCAAAAAUGGCUCAGUGAAAAUCUGAAGCAGUUCUUUCGUCGAAGAUACGAAGUGAUUCUGUGAAAUGUACAGGAAGAUUUAAAAAAGAAGAUCGAUGCUGUUUUAAAUAAUAGUGAAACGUUUCAUGUACAGUUUGCAUAUUGAAAAGUGAUCAAGGUUGCCCGAGAAGUUCUAUCGGAAAAUGGGAAACAUACUUGAUUCAAAUCCUAGUGAAUAUUAAAGCAUUCUAUUAUUUUCAUUCCUAAAUUCUCGCUUUAACAAUUUGGAUAUCAAAGAUCGUCGAGGUACAGUCAUUUGGAAAUAUUUUAUUCGUGUUGAUUAUGUGUUAAAAUCGAAUCUAUCGAUUUUGUUGUUUGUUUUACACACGGUAAUAAAAAUAUCACGUUAAUUGACGAACGGUGUCGCCUUUCAAAGUUCUCGGGCGAGCCGUGUUUAAUUUGAAAGCACCGAGGGACACUUAAAACGUUCGAAGUCGUAACCGGAACAGAAUUUAUGGUUUUUGCCAAAUGUCGGCUCGCACGAUUUUACUUCUGUUAUAAAACAAUCACGAGUAACAGCGUGGAAACACGCACUGAUGUAAUGCCAAGGAUACGACGCUUGCAAGAAUACCUCCGAGAAGACGUCUGUCGUACGUCUUACAAAGAUGACGCGAGUGGCUUAAAAAAUCAGUCGGUCCGAGUGAAACGAGAAGGAGAAGACAGAUCGUACCGUCUGUUUUAUAAAAGAUCAAACGCAAUCGUUGCCGGCGAUAGGAAACAAUCGCCCGCGCGAGGCAAGAAAAACGACGUAGAGGAGGACGAGGCGAAAAACAGGGGAGAACAGAACCGCGAGUUGAGCGAUUCGGGGCGAGGACGAGCGCGACAAGGCUUUCGGUUUUCCGUUUCGAGAUGAAUGGGUUGCACGUUGCCGAAGAUCGGCUAUCCAUCACUCGGAGCUAGUCCCAGCUUCUUGCUCGGGAGCAGUGAGAGAUGUGGAUCGACCGUUUCGUUCUCGGAACCAGUCGACGACGAUUAGACGCUUCGUCGACGGAGACGUAUUCGUUAACGAUGUGCUCGAUUAUUUAAUGACUUAUUCCCAGCGAUUCCGAAUCGCGUUUCAAGUCGGUUUAAAACACGGUGAUUCGUGAUCGCGACGAAAUAUAUAAAGUGGCAAAUUUGGAAUGGAGAGAUGGACACAUGGGCACGAUGCACAGAAGAGAAAGAGGAAAAAGCAGAGAUGAAAAAGGAAGCCAGAACGACAUCAAGAAGCUGCGCAGGGAGAACGAGCAGCUGCGUAGGGAGAUAUGGAGCCUCCGCGACGAGUACGACAAGCUCGAGGAGAUCCUGAAGAGGCAGAAGGGCCGCGCGGACAGCGAAGAAUACGAGGAGGAUCGCUCGGACGAGGAUGACGGGCUGCAAUCGGAUUACUCGUUCGAGGACGAGGAGGAGCCCGACCGGGACACCCAGGAUUCCAGCCAAGAGCCCAGCAAGCCCGAGCAGAUAGAAAACGCGGAAAACCAAAAGAUCUCUUCAGAGAAAAUGACCAGCAACACGUUACACAGGCUGCACGUGGACUUCGACGACCUGUCGGUGGUCGACGAGGAGGAAGAACCGAAAAAAGACAAGGACAAGAAGAAAGUCUGUGUGGAGGACGCCAAACAAUCCAAAGAAGAGAAGACUCCUCUGUCUAUUCUAAAAUCGAGACAACUGCACGAGAAUAUUCCGUUUUAUCCCGGCGCGUAUCAACCGGCUUGCACGACUAGUCCCAGUUAUUACACCGAGUGCCCUUUCAAGUUCCCGAGUACGGCGAACCUCAUGAUGCCAAUGGACACGAUGUUAGCUUCACCGUGUUCGAGAUUAAACGUAAAUCAAUUGGUCUCUGUACCGAACUUGGUCGAUCCUUUAGACCAACUGCAGGAUCAAAUACUGCACGCACCUCCGGCAGGUUGGCAAAGUAACGUGAUGGUACCUCAGAAGCAAACCGCGUUCGGGUUAGAAACGAAUGGUACCUCAGGUAUGCAGAGUUUGAUCCAUCAAGAUCAGGCAAAACUCGGGCCAACGAGUGGAUUCUCGAAUUUGCCAAGCUUCGUGCAAAGGCGAACUCCCGGUCUCAAGUCGUCGAGUAACCCGUUCAGUCCGGCGACGUUUGGCAACGCACAUCAGAACCCGGAAAAGAUCGUCGAGAACGGCUGGGGCACGAACGCGAGUUCGAAAAGCAUGAUCGAUCAAGGUACGAAGGUCGUGGAAAUGGAAGAUGGCUCGGAAUCCGAAAAGCCGAAACACUUCUUCGCGCCGUUGGCUUCGAAACUGAAGAGGCAAACCGACGAGUCGUCGCCAACGAUUAGUCAAUUUGGAACUGGUAACAGUUCUAGCAGUGGGAAAACUGGAUCCACCGUGAUAUCGAAAAAUCAAUUCACGCUUCAGAAGGGAUCAGCCGACGUCUACGUGAAUGGAAUGAUUCCGCGGGACGACGGUUUCCAGAGGAACAGGACAGAGCAACGCACGUUCCUCAGCACGGAGAAUUUACUGGUCGACGACGCGAAACCUGGGAACCAGCUGACGAAGUCGAUGUCGUGCCAGGAUCUGUCUAGCGAAACUCAAACCGGUUCCAUCGGUCAUCCGGACGGCAGACAACAGAUGAUGACCCAAAGUGACAACACUUUGGACAAUAUAUCAGAUUCGAAGCCGUACAAAUCGCACCUGAGCGUGACGUUGAAAACGCCGAGAGCGAAACAGGCGAUCAGCCCCGAGACGCCCGAGGUCCCGCAACUGCCUGCGAUAGACUACAGGCUCUUCAAGAACCCAUUUCUCCGGAGUUUCGACACGACCGCCGGUUACACGGACCAAGCGAGCGACGCGACGAGACCCUUGUCCGUCCAAGUGAACGACGACAACCUGUGUUAUUAUUCACCUCAGCCGGAACCGUCGACUCUCCGCAGAGUUCCAUUCGCGGAGAGAUACAAAACGCUUCAAGCCGAUCAAAGUCGUCUCCUGAUCCCGUCUAAUCGAUUGGUCAACGAGAAACUGAUCUCACCGACGAGCAAGCACCAGAUACAAGUGACCUCGUUCGAGAGACCGAGCCCUCACACUCUGAUCGGUCCUUCGAGCCCCUACGAGUUGAGCACUCUAUGUCGAUUGAACGCUAAUCCUUAUUUACAGAGUUCAAAUCUUUAUCAAAACAUGCCGUUUCUCCCGAGGGGAAGCCGGUAUCCACAGAGAGGAAUGAUGUACUAUGACAAUCAAGCCCUGAAGGUACCGGCACAGACUCAGACCUCGAUAGACGGUGACUCUCAUCACGAGGACGAGCUAUCGCACGAAGAGAGCGCACCGAACACACCGAGUGGUCAACGCAGAAGGAAGGUGGUCAGGAAAGAGAAAGCGAACAAAGAGCAGAAGCCUCUGUCGCCUAAUCUGCAACGAAAAUUAAGGAAGCAAAGCAGCGCUACGUCGUCGGAAGUGACUGAAUCCGUGGGGAAAGUCCCUCAAAAGAGGUCCAGAAGGUUCAGCGUCAAUACUACGACCACGUCCGAGGGUCAGGAGGAUAAGAACGACAGUAGGUCGUCUUCGUCGGGUCAGGAUUCGCCGAAGAAGGAGCAAGUGCGUAGGGUGUCUCUGUACUUCAACGCGAAGAAGAGGCCUUCGUUGGCUUCGGUGAGGACGACAAGAAGCGCCAGCAUCGACGUCAUGGAAAAAGAUGCUGCGAUGAACUCCGAAAGGGAAAGGACUAACUCCAUCAGUAGCAGAGAGAUGGGCGCUGGGAAGUCGAGGAAGGCGAGCACUAGCAGCGGAAAUGUGCCUUGGUGCGCCUGCUGGGGCAACGGGUGUGUUUAGGCACUUCCUAAUUGGUUUUAUAGGUAACCCCAGGCUGGAUCUAAUUAGACCGUUUUGUUUAUCUUGCGGUCUGGACCGUCAGCAUGUGAACCUCUGUUUCAUUUUCGGCUUGACUGAUUGAACUUCUCGGUAAAUGGCGCGUAAAAAAGUUGGAGUCAUGUGUCAAAAGUGAAGAGCGUCAAAUUUGCAGUGUUCCACGUUGAAUUGAUUAGUCUUACUAAGAGGGAAGAAGAGAUUGUUACGACUCAAACGACGGUUUCGUUCUGUACAUUCUACUUAAUAUGUGAACACGAAGAAUGAGAUAAGAAGAAUUUCUAUCAAAAUGCAAAUGUGCUUAUUUCGAAUUUAAGGAAUUGUACGAGUUCCAAGAGUUGCACGUUCUACAUACUGAGACUGUUCUAAGGGUGACAUAAAUUUUGUACGAGUGCAAGAGUCGUGAUCACGCGUUUGGAAAUAUUGAACGGACAGCAGAAAUAUUCCAAUAGGGACCGUAUUGGGCUUUGGAGAGCAACUAUAAAGGCGACCGGUGCGGCCAAUGGGGGAGGAGGCCGUAAAACUAGCGCCGGCAGAACCAGGACACCGUAAAACCCGUUCAGGUGACAGUCGCAACGGUGGUGGGUUCCUGCCAGGAAUACGGGAACAAGGCAGACGUAGUUUGAAUUAGAAAAUUAAUACUUAACGAGGAACAAGGCGAAGCCAGACGCUGUCAAUAAUCGCCUCCCUCCGGUAUUCAUGUAUAAUGUAUGUACAUCCCCCGUCGCUCUAUGAACUCUUACACGACCGAAAUGCAAUUAUUUUGUAAGGGAGCUAACCAUUUGAUUUGACCUCGUCAAGUGACAAUUAAAUCUGCAUUUACCUAAUUGAACAUGUAUAAUAGUGUACAUAAGUUCGAUACUUAAGAACCAGCUACUGUUUAUUUUACUCGAAAAUUAGAUAAAUCGUAUCGUAUAAGGGAAUAUACUUAAAACUGAUCAUACGUAGGAACAGUCUUGCAUUCUGCUUUUGUACUUCACAUUCAAAUGUAAUAUAUUGAUAUGUUAAAAUA